GCCAUGGUAACCAUGCUGGGCCCAGCAGUGAGCGGCGCAGUGCGAGUCACUGGUCAUGACGAACUCAAGUGACACAUCGCUGACAGGCUGCACACAGCAUGUACUCUAAAGGAAAGGCGAAUACAGUGCCUUCGGAUGCCCAGGCCAGGGAAAAGCUGGCGUUGUACGUAUAUGAAUAUCUCUUACAUGUUGGAGCUCAGAAGAGUGCACAGACUUUUCUAAAUGAGAUAAGAUGGGAGAAAAACAUUACACUAGGAGAACCGCCGGGAUUUCUUCACUCCUGGUGGUGUGUAUUCUGGGAUCUUUACUGUGCCGCGCCGGAGAGAAGGGACAGUUGUGAUCACUCCAGCGAGGCCAAAGCCUUCCACGACUAUGUUAUUCCAAACCUUCAGCAAGGAGCAGUCCCAUCACCUGGGUUCGCCCAGAUGUCAAAUGAUGGUGGCGCAGGCGCCGCAGGGAUGCAGGGUGGCAUGCCUGGAUAUUUCCAGUCUUCACAAGCGUCACCGCACCCUCCACCCCCCUCCCAUCAAGGACCUCCGUACAUGCAGAACCAAACACCACCCGGUUACAUGACAAACCAGCCACCAUAUAUGUCUAGAUAUCCAACUGGUCGAGCUCCUAAUGUCAGAAUGCCUGGCCAGUUGGUCUGGUCUGGGGCAGACAACAAAAGCCUAGCAACUAAUGGUGAUGGUAUGUCCCUACAGCCCGGUGUGACAGGUGUACCAGGGGCGCAGCCCCUCCUUCCUAGCACGAUGGACCCAACUCGACAACAGAGUCCUUAUCAAGGCCAACCGAUGCAGGGUCCUAUGUCAAGAAUGAACCACCCAAGGGGUCCUUUACAACCGAAUUAUGGCGGAAUGCGACCUCCUCCCAACAAUGCAGUUGCACCUGGUGUCAACAUGCCAAUGGGAAAUCGACCAUGGAAUCCAACAACUUCGGUAUCAGGCCCUCCAGGGACACCCAUAAUGCCUAGUCCUCAAGAUACAGCAAGUUCGGGUAGUGAGUCUAUGUACGCAAUGAUGAAAUCUGUGCCGGGUGGCAACAUGCCAGGGUACGGCAUGAGUGGAGGGGAACCACCGAUGUCCAUGGGUGGACAAGAUGCGUCCCUUGUUAUGAACGAUACAAACCCUGGUGACUUAGACGGUUUAUCGAAGUCAUAUCUUUCGUCUCAGGAUAAUUCAAAUGACCAUAAUCCCGGUACACCUAGAGAAGAUGGCUCGGAAUUCGGUGGCUUAUUGCCCUUUUCACAAGAUAACACUCACUGUGACUCUGCUGCGAUCCUUAAGAUCAAAGAGACAAUGCAGGAAGAGGCGAAGCGCUUCGAGCACGGUGACAGCAGAUCAACAGACCAAGAAAACGACUUCUUUAUACAAUAGCACAACAUAGUGAACUGUCAUACUAUAUACAUAUUAUAUAUACAUAUAUAUUAUACAUAUACAUCGCCAUAGAGAGAAAACAAGAGACAUUACACACCUGUUCGAUAUUGACGCGACAAACUUGCGCUCUUUCUGUUCAGAGAAGGGAGGGUGGGUAUUUAUUUUGUCGCGUUUUACCUCAAGCUAUAGAAUGCUAUUUAAAAUGUUUUUAGACAGCUGUGGCUUCGAAACAUCCGGGAACUGCGACUUACUCGAUUGUUCUCGUUUUAUACUGAGCAUGCGCAGUUUGUUGUGUGGAUCGUGAAUGGCUCGCCGCGGGAGGGGGGAGGGCUUGGGAUUCUUUUGUCAACUAACAAUAGCUACAUUGAUAUACCAAAAAUACACUUUUAUGGUGUUCGAAGUAUCAAGAAAUUCACGUCAAGAUAAAGAUUUUGAAACCGUAGAUGUAAGCUGAUUAUUUUAGUAGACGAAAUAUUUCAGGGUUUUUGGAAUAUUGUCAAUUACAAGCGAAAGAAAAAAAAUAAAAGUGUAAAAAUGGCCGUCAAAUGUCACACACGUGACAGACAUGCGCAUGUUCUAGACAGAAACUGCAUAUAACGAUUCUUAGUUCUCAUUACCAAUGAAAAUGCCACAAAGAUCCAAUGUUUUGAAGAUUUCAUACUGAGUGAUUUUCCUUUCAAAUGAACUGCCGUGUUGGUCCAAAUUCAUACGUCACUAUCUAACUCUAUACAUUUAAAAUCCCGUAAACCAGGCCGCGGCAUGGUACUCUCAUGGGUUCUACUAUGCGCGCGCACUCAGUGUCUUGCAAGUCAUUGCACCGCUGACUUCUGUGAUCCUUACGCUGAGCUUAGUUGUUUUACCUGGGUGCGAAACAACUCUAUCAGCGCUAGCAAAAGUAAAAGGCGCUUAACUAAGGUUCGUCGUACGCGGCAUUUUGUUAUAUAAAAGAAAAGCCUCAAAAAUUGCGCAGAGGCUCCUUGGUGAGAUCUGCUGAGAAGGCGCUUAUUUUGGGAUGUAGAUUAGAACCUGAUUACAUCGAUUGAUUUUCAAAUAAUUGCAGAAAGCUAUGAUUCCAUAUGUUGUAUAUAAAUAAAGUUGCCGGUGGGUUCCGGUAAAUCUCCAUAUUGCUGUCCUAUCAGACGAUCAAAUAGACGUCGAGUUUGUGCUAACUGCUUGUAAUCAUAUUCUCAUUAAAUGAACCUCCUUGGCAGUA